CUACGACAAGGACUUCGAGGCGCGGUACGCACUCGGGAAGCUGCUGGGACACGGCCAAUUCGGCUACACCUUCGCUGCCGUCCACCGCCAGUCCGAUGAGCGCGUCGCCGUCAAGCGCAUCGACAAGAACAAGGGAAGGAGGCUUGGAGAAGAAGAUCAGAGGAUAAGAUCUCAGUGGAUACAAAUGAUCAAUGAUACCCACACCUACAUACGCAACGACUAAUAUAGCUGAGUACGAUAGGCCGGUCCUCUUAGCCCACGGACGAAGGCCCAGACACAACUGGUCGUUGCAUCGUCUCUGACCAGUGGGCCUGCUUGCAUCCCUGUCGAUUCGGCCAGCUGGGUUGGCUUGCCAAGCUUAUGUGGGAUUGGAGUUUUGCACGUGGCUUUGUGGGGAAACACGAAAUGCGGGAAUCUGCGAUGCUGCCAAUUUAUUAUAUAUGUGGUUUCCCUAGCCCAUCCCUUAAAUUCAGUUAGAGGAGUAAAAUUUUCAGUUUAUUUCUCUAACCGGCACCUAGCCGAAGUCGUAAACUGGAUAGAGGCGUAAUUUUUUUACUUCUCAGCGCCAUAGACGCCUAAAAACACCCGGCCUCCAUCCGGUUGAGUAAAUGUUGCGCCCAUUUUUCGCCCCCCAACCAUCACUGCGUUGUUGAUGGUGCACCUGCCGGCGACUAUCCACCGUCUCCGCCGCUUCGUCGCCGUCUCUCUUGGCCCUCACUGCCCUUCUGCUCGAGUAUGAGCCGGUCGCCAUCGCCGGAGUCGAGUUGAAACGUGGCUACCGCCACAUCGACCGUUUCAAUGGAAACCUCCUCGGAUCUUCUUCCUCGUUGGCUACCCGGCAUCUCACUGUGGUUAGGCACCUUUGCUGGCCAUCCCCACGCCUCGCCGCCCUCUAGUUUGGCCUUGACGUUGUCGGUCGGCCGGUACAUCUCCACCGCCUUGCAAGUGUUUGACGGUUUGCCUAGGUGAGUUUUUUUUGUUUUUUUGUCUCGUUUUGUUUUGCCUAAUCGAAUUGAAUCAAGGCGUUUCAAUUUCGAAGUCAUCCGAAGAGGAAGAAGACGACGAUGGCAUCGAAAUUGUUGUUGGCAUGAUUUUCAAUGAUGAUAUUCGACGACCAAGGAGAGGAUCACAGUUUGGCCGCAUACAACUCGACCGUGAUAGAGCGGAGGGCCAAGCCAAGAUUAUGAGAGAUUAUUUUGACCCUAAUCUGACCUAUCCAGAGAAGUAUUUUCGCCACCGCUUUCAGAUGCACACAAGUCUCUUUCUCACCAUUGCAAAAGCUGUCGAGAAGUAUGAUGAUUGGUUUAAGCUUAUUAGAAGGAAUGCAUGCGGAGAGAUAAGUGCGAGCCCUUUGAUGAAGUGUAUUGCGACUGUUCGAUUUCUGGCAUAUGGGUGUUCGGCCGAUGUAAUUGACGACUAUGCCCGCAUUGGAGAAGAUACAAUCUUGGAGGCCGUUGGAAGGUUCACAAAAGCAGUGAUUGAUGCCUUUGGGCCAGAGUACUUGAGGGCACCCAACGAGGAAGACACUGAGAGGCUUAUGGCAGCGAGUGAAGAAAGAGGAUGAUCUGGGGUGUUAGGAUCAGUUGACUGCAUGCACUGGACCUGGAAGAAUUGUCCUGCAGGGUGGAAAUGUUGGUACAAAGGCCACUGCAACGAUCGUUCUUGAGGCUGUUGCAUCGGAGGAUCUAUGGAUCUGGCAUUCAUUUUUUGGAUUGCCUGGCUCUCACGAUGACUUGAAUGUGCUGUCAAGAUCACCAUUGUUUGCUAGGCUUGUUGCAGGAGAUGCUCCUUCUUGCAACUAUAUGGUCAAUGGUCGUGAGUACAUGAUGGGUUACUACCUUGCAGAUGACAUCUAUCCUCCAUGUGCCACAUUUGCAAAAACAAUUCCACGUCAAGGUAACUAAAGAUCUCACUUUGCCACACGCCAAGAGUCGACUAGGAAGAAUGUGGAGAGAGCUUUCGGUGGCUUCAGAAGCGCUUUGCAAUCGUUCGUGGACCUGCAGAGUAUUGGAACUCCAAGUUUCUAUGGCAAAUCAUGACUUGUUGCAUCAUCUUGCAUAACAUAAUCAUUGAAGAUGAGAGAGACAUGCUUGAGAACUUUCGGUACAUCACCAAUGGGAAUCCUGUUGAGCCAGAGCAUGAUGCAAAUAGGAUCUAGAGAUUCCUCGAAGUGCAUCGCAAGAUCGAGAACCGAGAAGUUCAUACCCAGCUCCAAGAUGAUCUUUGAGCAUCAGUGGCAUAUCCAUAGCACUUUGUAGUUGUGCUUUUAUCAUGCUAUUUACUUCAUUUGAACCAUGCGAUGUGUAUGAAUUUGAAUAAUUUGGUUUGUAAACUAUGAAUUUGUAAUAUUUGUGAAUUGUGUGAACAUUAAUUAUUAUGUUUGGAUUUUAUAUGUGUGCUUGUAGUUGCAAUGUAACUAGAAUUGGAAUAAUUUGGCAAAAACAAAAUUUUACUCCGCUAAAUUUAGGGGAUUGGCUAGAAACGACCAAAACUUAGAGGAGUAAAAAUACUCCACUAUGGUUUAUUCGGCCGUUUACUCCUCUAAAAUUUAGGGGAUCGGCUAGAGAUGCCCUUGUAGCAGCUUACCUGCCAAAUUAAGCCAAAAGUCCAAAGAACUCCUUUUGGAGUGUUGGGCUUAACUUAUUUUCAGGUGCACCUCCUUCACAGUUAGGUACUCCAUCUGUUCACAAAUACUAGUAGAAUAUAAGAUGUUCUAUUUUUUUUGUGAAUCGGGUGUAUAUAGACACGUUUUAGGCCCUGUUCGGCAACACUCCACUCCUCCAGGACGGAGCUGAGCGCGCAGAACGCCGGGUUAGCAGCUCCCCAAAUUAUAACUACAUGCCGCUCCGCUCAGGAUCGGAGUCGCGGAGCGGAGGGAUUCCAAACAGGCUCUUAGGCCUAGUUUGGUAGCAAGGCCAACAAAACCAGGGCAGCAUACCCCAGUCGGGGGAUUUUCUCCGGAUAGAUGAGAUCCCCUUCCAUCACCUGGGAGAUUUCCCUAAUCAGUGUCACCUCAUUUGGUGGCCAGAGGACGGGGCACCACGCGCUAGAUCGCUAGGUGUAAGUCGAUCGUGGGAGAGAGAGCGGAGGCGUGGGUUUCCUGCCCGAUCUCUCGAGUCGUGGAUUGAUCUCCCUGGGAAACAAGGUGGAUCGGGCCAGAAAAUCCCCAGGCGAUGAGCAACCAAAUGACCCGUUGGUUUUCCUCGGGCUGAUUCGUCGCGUGGGUGACGAGCCCUGGAUUUUAUCGGGGAUACCGGGGGGAUCCCACGUAACCAAAUGAGGCCUUAGUGUGUUUGUUCACUAUUUCAGUCUGUAUGUACUAUGUAGUCCAUAUUGAAAUAUCCAAAACAUCUUAUAUUUGUGAACGGAGGGAGUACUAGAUAUUUUGCAACAUCAAAAUGAAUUGAUAAGGAUUCUCGCAAAAAGAAAGGCAAUCCUGCUAUACACACGACGAUGCCCACACGAUUUGAGGACGAUGCAGAAGAUCACACCAUCCAAUGUACAGCAGCAGCGCUGGUCCACCGUAGGAUACGAGUGUCGGCUGCAUGUCGUCUCUGCAGUAUCGUCUACGCAGCAGUUUCGAAAGAAAGAUGGUCCUUCCUGUUGCUGUUGAAGAUGUAAAGCGAGAAGUUAAAAUACUCAAGGCCUUACAUGGGCAUGAAAAUGUUGUACAUUUUUACAAUGCAUUCGAGGAUGAUAACUACAUAUAUAUUGUUAUGGAAUUAUGUGAGGGUGGUGAGUUGCUUGACCACAUAUUAGCCAAAAAAGAUAGCCGUUAUAGCGAAAAAGAUGCUGCAGUAGUUGUACGACAGAUGCUCAAGGUUGCAGCUGAGUGCCAUUUGCAUGGUUUGGUUCACCGAGAUAUGAAACCUGAGAACUUCCUCUUCAAGUCAUUAAAGGAGGGCUCCCCCCUCAAGGCUACAGAUUUUGGCCUUUCAGACUUUAUAACACCAGGGAAGCAGUUUCGUGACAUUGUUGGAAGUGCCUACUAUGUAGCACCAGAAGUGCUUAAGCGCAAGUCAGGGCCGGAAUCCGAUGUUUGGAGCAUUGGUGUUAUUACAUAUAUUCUGUUGUGCGGAAGACGACCUUUCUGGGACAAAACUGAAGAUGGAAUCUUUAAAGAG